AUGUGCUUCCAGGAAUACAUCGCGUAUCAAUGCGGCCACCGCUCGCCCUCUGUGGCUCGCCCCUGCCCUAUGACAACGGCCGGCCAUAACUUCCCGGUUUGCACCAUACAGCCAGUCAAGGAGUACUUUGCCGAGACAAUGUGCGCAGCCUGCGAGCGCCAGAUGCACUCCCGCUGGGUUCUUAUCCGGGAAUGGGAGCACCGGUGGCUUCAUGAGCGUGGUGCCUGCGGCUGCGACGUGUGCUUCCCGGGGUUGCUGACCACUCCACGGGUGAUUGGCGACGAUUCUUCCUUCACGGGGAAUCAAGCCUUUUCCGGGACCAGCUCCUCAGCGACAGCUGCCGGGUCUAGUGAUGGACAUUCGGAGAGCAGACAAUACAGUGCCAACGUGGGCAUCGGCGAUGGCCGGAUUCCAGCCCUCUUCUCUGAGACGGUAACGACUUCGGGUGAGCAUCGAGUCUCUAUCCGCAUCCCGAGCCUCUACGCGGCGGAGUGGCUGGCCGACCACCGUGGGCUGCACGCUGCUGGAAAGUGCAGUUGCAACGCCGACUUCGCCCCCUUUCGGCCACAGAUUCCGGACGAAGAACUGACGCCAACAGACCAGCAGAUUGUACGCCUGUGGCAGCAACUGGACGCGGAAGGUGAAGGAAACGAACCAAAUGCCCGAGAUAUCGACGGUCAAGUUGCCGACAGUUCGCGGCGUAUUGCCCAGAUCACAGAGAUAUUUGGUUUUUUCACAGCAGGUAGCGAGACGCCGAAAGUCAACCUGCCUCCGCCAACCGUAACCUCAGUCGACAGUAGCCAGGGCUCAGAUAUCAACAAGACUCACGAAAAGGGUCGGCGAGGGCACAAGCAAAGCAGGCAAGACAGCGCCAAGAUCCAGACCAGGCGUCAGGUCCAACCCGAUGGCCGUUUCCCAUUCCAAAACCUAAAGAACCCUCCCGAGCAGCAGCACGCCGGGCUACACCCACAACCCACAAUGGCGUACAACCCUCUCUCCCUCGUGUUCAGCAACCAACCCUUCAACAACGUACCCUGCGAGUUAACCACCACCGGGGGCGAAGCGACCGCCUUGACACGUACCACGCUCUACCCAGGAUACCCAGGAGAAUACCCCAUCUACCAACACCCGCAUCCCAAUCCCAACCCCUAUCCCCAGCCCGCCAACCCAUACUUCGCAACCCCGGCCACCUACUCCGACACCAUCCCGUUCGGCGCCCGUCCCUGGAGCAUGCGUCCUCAAGCCCCACACGGCGCCUCCGGUCCCAUCUCCGGCCCGGGGCCCUACUGGAACCUCGGGCUCCGCCAUAAUAGUCAAGCAGUUCCUCCGGCAGCCGGGGGCGGCGCUCAGCAACAACAUCAUCAUCAAGGCGAGGCCUACCACCACGGUUACAGCCAGCAGGGGCAACAGAUCAUCGCCUCGGCUGCCCCGCCGAACCCGACGCUUGCCAUCUGCGGAGUGCCCAUCGGCGCCGGGCCCGAGGGCGAGUCCCACAUGCCCAGCUGGCGGAACUGCCGUCUACGCAGCCUCAGAGGCGAAAGCGCUGGAGGAUUGAGCCUGGAGGGGUCAAGUGCAAGGUACUACAGCGCGAGUGAAUGCGGCGGGGGGGAUGAUGAAGACAAGAAGGAACAGGAGGACGAACAGGAGACGGAGGAGUCGCCAGCGCCGCCUCUGGUGCGUCGGCAUUCGACUUUGCUUUGA